GCACCAUUCAAAUCUGGAAUUCAAACAAGGUGACCAUCAUGGAAUCAUCUAACGACGGCCGCUCGGGUCCGCGCUCCGACCCCAUCUGGGACCAUUUCACGAGGGGGGAUCGUCAUGGCAUCAGCCGCGUCCGCGCUGCUAAGUGCAACUACUGCAUACGGCAAUGGAAGUAUGCCGAUCUGUCACAAAUGAAGUCCCAUAUUGCCACAGACUGCCCUGGCGACGUCCCUGUGAAACUUCGCAGCUUGGGCAUUGUUGCCGACGGACUUGGACCUCCAAUCAAGCGGCGUAAGCGGGAAAAAGAUGGAGAAGAUGGCUCGAAGAGUAACUUGGACGGCUCGGGUGGGGUAAUAUCGCCUUUGGGUCUCUCAUCUGCAAUUAUGAUGCAUCACCGCGAUGCUUUGAAGCAAGGGAUGUUGCAUAAUUCGAAAGGAAAGGGUGGAAGUGGUGGUAUUGGACAAAGCGAUCCUCUCGAGAAGAUCUUGAUGGUGAAGGCCUUUGUGUGCAACGACAUUCCGAUCGAGAUCGCGGAUAACAAGCACUUUCGAGAGUGGCUCAAGGGUAUCAACUCUUCGUACAAGUCCGUGUCUGGCGACGACUUGCGAACCCUUGUACUCCAUCAGUACUCAGCCGAGAUGACCAAACUCAAGGACGUCGUCGCGAAUGGGUUCCACCGCAUCACGUUAACACCGUCUGGACGCCGCGACGCAUCGAACCAGCGCAUCGUGCACAUAAACUUGACCAACCAGACUCGCGUCAGCAUCAUCUGGAACAUUGUAUCAUUUCAAAACGAGGAAGAGUCCCUUCAGCGUUUGGGAAGCCAAGUGCUGACCCCCGUGCUCAUGGAGGUGUCGCCGGAGCGAUUCAUCGGAGUGUGCACAGGUGACGAUCCUGACCUGCUUCAAGCAGCCGAGGAAGUGGCGACCACAUACCCGUGGAUCCUUCCCAUCCGUUGCAUGGCACAACUGACCAACUACCUCCUCCGGGAGUGGAUGAAGAUCCCAGACAUCAAUCACGUGUUUAUGGUGGCGGGUUCCAUUCUGUCGUACUUUCGUCAGUCACCAGAUGCGACGCUGAUGCUGCAAGACAUGGCUGCCCAGAUGAACGUCCACCGGUGCCGCCUCUUGCAGUUCUCGGCCACGAGCCUCUCGGACUGCAUCCUGUCGCUGUACUCGAUCCACCUCAACGAAAGCGUGAUCAAACCGACAAUUGUCCAGGCAUUCCGGACCAACUGCCCGUUUAUGCCGUCGCCCCAGCUCGUCAACUACACGAGCCGCCCCGACUUUUGGAACAACCUGCGCAGCCUCCUCGUCCUAUUUCGUCCGAUCAAGACGUUGUUUGAUUUGUUCCAAACUUGUGACGUGUCGAUAGCCGACUGCUACGCUGGUUUCGUCUCGCUCAACGCGCUCCUCCUCAACCUGUGCUCGAAUGCGUCCCCGUCACCCAACAAGCUCUCGACCAAGUUAUUUGCCCAGAUGACGCCGCCUAUCAACGAGAUCUGGGGAGUUCUCGACAAAGUUGGCGAUGGCUUGUACCUUCUCGCGUACUUUUGCCACCCCAGAUACCACAAACGAGGGCUCCAUCGCCACUACUUUCCCAACAUUCUCCGCACGGCCCUCACUAUCUGGAUGAAGCGCCGCAAAACGGAAGCGCAGGCCAGGAACCUCCGCCAGGGGCUCCAUGAUCUGUGGGCUGGGGAGGGCAUGUACAACGUCUCAACGUUCCUCACGACCGGCGUCGAGCCCCGCAGCUGGGUCUCCGUCCUGCCCAACGCUGACCUGGUCGAGCUAUGUUUGCUGCUCCUUGAAGUGCAACCCCUGUCAGCUGAACAUGCCAAGUACAACCGGUGGCCUGCCACAGAUGGAACUUCGAUAUUAACUGGGGCGACCGCUCCGCCAGUUUCCUCCGAGUAUACCGACACAUGUACCCGCCUCAAAUCGAUAUAUGAAGCGCGCGAUGCACUGUCGCACGAUGCCACAUCCGCUGGACAACGCGUGAGCGAUGUCGUCCCGAAUUUAGACAACCUCGGCAGUCAAUGCGACUCGUUGGCUGACGCCGAAACGUCGUCGACUUCGACAGCUUCGUCCGCAUGUCUGGACGAAACCAAACUCUUGGCGCAUCUUGGCGCGUUGGCCAAGGACUGGAGCAUGACCCCCGCGGACGAGUACGAUCCAUCGGCAAACUUGAACCUCAUUGCGUCGUUCCUCUUUGACCUCAACAACACCGACCUGCACAACAUCUGGCGCACCACCGUCACGACAGACACGCCGCUGGUGCCGUCGAUGCCCGUCGGAGGCAGCGGCCAAGAGCAAGGCUUCAACAUCGACGAGCUAGUUAGUGAAUACACCAUGUAAUGGCAUCGUUGAUGACGCUGGCAUGUCACAUCGUGCCGGAUAUUUGUUCGGAUACGAAACCCCGUUGGGUUCACCCCACAUCGUCA